UCACCUUCACUUCACUAAGCCUCCAUUAUUAUUCUCCACUACUUUACUAUCUCCACAGUAGCAUCAAAACGUCAACAUUUUUACCACAAUGUCUUCCAAACAUUUCCUCACUUUGUUCUUCUUCCUUCUUAUCUCUUGUAACACACUCACUUCUUCAACAUUAGAAAAAGAAGAUACCUUUGAUUUUGUUCGUCCAAUAGAUCGCAAGUUGUUAGGCCUAAACAAGAAGGAAAAGCUAAGUCAUUUCAAAUUAUAUUGGCAUGACAUAGUUAGUGGAAAAAAUCCAACUUCGGUUGCAAUUGUUCCACCAUCAUCAAAAGUAAACUCAACCACUUUUUUUGGUUUAGUUAGCAUGAUUGACAACCCUUUAACUUUAGGACCCGAAUUGAGUUCUAAACUUGUUGGUAGAGCUCAAGGAUUCUAUGCAUCUGCUUCACAGGAAGAAAUAGGUUUUCUUAUGACAAUGAAUUUUGCUUUCAUUGAAGGAAAGUAUAAUGGUAGUACCAUUACUAUCUUGGGGAGGAAUCAUGCUCGUAAUAAGGUUAGGGAAAUGCCUGUUGUUGGUGGUAGUGGACUUUUCAGAUUUGCUAGAGGUUAUGCUGAAGCUACUACUCAUUGGAUUGAUGCCAAAGCUGGGGAUGCUUGUGUUGAGUACAAUGUUCACGUUUUUCACUAUUGAUUGUUAAUUAUUGUUGUUGUUUUCCAUUAAAAAAAAUAUUGUUUUCUUCAAGUUAUGUUUAUUUUACUGGUCAAUCUGGUUUCGAACCCUGCGUUGGGUUCGAUAGGUUAUGCCUAGGUGUGUAUCUAUAUGCUACGCAUUGCGUUGUUAACUGGAUUUUCGUUCGGUUGGUUUCUAAUUUACUACUUUUAUUAUUCAUUGUUGUAUUACCGUUUUCGGUUGAGUUGUGGUUGUUGAGUCAGGUUUACUAGCCAAUUAUAUAAUAUACAAGUGAGACAAAUCAUUCAUA